GGGUUUUUUCUCUAUUAUAAUCCUGAAUUUAUUCGCGUGCGCAACGGAGAACAGAGACAAAUAAGAAAUUAUGGCUCGUAAAAGUACGUUUAACUUUACAUUGAAGGUUUUACUCACUUUGUCUGGUAUCUGGCCAGGCACACCAUAUGUUCUGCUUUGCAGAAUAUAUUGGAUCGUUUCAAUGACAGUUGUUCUGUUCUGGCAUUACCGUUGGUUCCUGACGCAUGUGCAAACUGCCAAAAUUUUGGAUUUAAUGGAAUGUCUGUCCAGCAUUCUUGCAUAUACCAAGGUAAUUACCAAGUGCGUCGUGUUUUGGUUAAAUGAGCGAAAAUUCGUCGAAAUCUUAACGGUAAUGGCGGAAGAUUGGAAUGAUUGCGUUGAUAGUGACGUCAACCUGCGCGAGACAACACGCAAAGCGAAAAUGUCAGAUCGUAUUACAAAUGCGAUCGCCGCCCUUCACACGAUGUCAAUUUUUGGAUAUUGCCUGCCGAUUAUCUUGGCAGAUGCCGAUGUCACUACCACAAAAGAACCCUUUAUCGAUAAGAUAAAUGUGCCUUUUAACAUAAACACGCAAUCCAUGUACAGAAUCUUUUUAAGCACGGAAUUUUUACAUUUGAUUCUUUGCGGGUGGGUAGCUGGUAUAACAAACUCAUUAUUAUUAACAUUGAUUUUACAUUCAGCUGGCCAACUCGAAAUAAUGUGUCACUGGCUGACGCAGCUUUGUACGAAUGAGGACAAACAUAAAUCGAUCGCUGCGACUACUAGUAAAAUUGUUCAGAAACAUCAGAAAGUUAUCAGUUUCAUAAAAAAUAUUGAGAGUCUUUAUACGUAUAUCGCAUUGCUUCAGUUUGUAUCAAAUACGAUAAUGAUAUGUUUGUUAGCUUUCGCUAUUGUAACAGCAAUCGGCGGCCCCAAUGUGGUAGACGUAAUAAUAAAAUCCUUUCUCUUUUACACUAUAACAAAUCUCGAAGCAUUUAUCUUUUGCUAUGCUGGAGAAUAUUUAAGCAGCAAGAGCGAAGAAAUUGGCGUCGCGGCGUAUAACUGUAAAUGGUACGAUUUAAAAUCUACAGAAAGUCGUCGUCUGUUAUUUAUCAUAUUAAGAUCGCAGAAGCGAUUGACACUAACAGCAGGAAGAAUGAUGGACCUCUCUUUACAAGCUUUUACCAGUAUCAUGAAUGCUUCAGGCUCAUACUUAUCAGUGCUGUUGGCGAUGCAAUGAGCAGGUCGACAAUUUUUAAAUAUAAUUAUAUGCGAAGACUUGAACACGGUACAAAAUGGAUCUAGCUUAUAAUUAGUAAUA